AUGCGUUUCCUGGUGGACACCCGAGCCCAGAUCAGCGUGGUUCCCCCCACUCCAGUUGACCGCCGCUGUCCCAGCCCUGGUCUACAUCUCCAAGCUGCAAACUGUUCCCCCAUUUCCACUUUUGGUAGUCGUUCCCUAACGCUAAACAUUGGUUUACGUCGAUCAUUCUCCUGGAUAUUUGUGAUUGCCGAUGUGCCUCAUGCGAUCCUUGGUUCCGACUUCCUAGCCGAGUUUGAUCUCCUUGUUGACUGUCGGCGUUCCUGUCUCCUUGACCGCACAACUGGUCUUUCUAUCCGCGGUCUUACACCCUUUAAUGACUCCUGCAAUUUAUCUGUUCUGGACACAGGUAUUGCUUGCCCAUACCGAGACCUGCUCCUCCAACACCCCAACAUAAUCAAACCCCAGUUUCGCAGAGGUGAGAUCCAGCAUGACGUUGUCCACCACAUUCGCACCUCUGACCCCCCAGUAUUCGCAAGGCCUAGACGACUGGCUCCGUCCCGUCUGCAAGCGGCAAAGGCCGAAUUUGAGCACAUGCUGCAACUGGGCAUAAUUCGGUCGUCCGAGAGUCCAUGGGCGUCCCCUCUGCAUAUGGUGCCCAAGGCGACAUCAGACGAAUGGCGGUCCUGUGGUGACUAUCGCGCCCUCAGCAAUGCGGCCAUCCCGGAUCGUUAUCCCGUCCCUCAUCUUCAAGAUUUUGCUGGAGCUCUUUUCGGCAAAUCGGUUUUCUCGAAGAUUGACCUUGUUCGGGCAUUCCAUUAG